AUGCCGGAACCUGGCGAAAAAAGUGAAUUUGAACCGGAAUGGGCUGAUGAACAGGAGGAACGCACUGAUCGCAAAUCUACUGCAAGCACAUUUGGUGCUAGAAAAGAUCCACAUUGGUGGGAUAUCUCUACUUUUAGUAAGGAAGACAACCCUACAGGGCUAGUUGCUGAAUCUUCAUUUUCUUGUUUGUUCCCAAAGUAUCGCGAAAAAUACAUUCGCGAAAGUUGGCCACUAGUGGAAAAGACAAUGGGCGAACAUUUUUUGAAGGCUGAUUUGGAUUUGCUGGAAGGGACGAUGACUGUUCGAACUACUCGAAAAACAUGGGAUCCAUAUAUUCUAAUCAAAGCUCGUGAUGUUCUCAAGCUCAUGUCUCGUAGUGUCCCUUACGAACAAGCCAUUCGAGUGUUGGAUGACGAAGUUUUCUGUGAAAUAAUCAAAAUCUCAUCGAUGUGUCCAAAUAAGGAACGAUUUGUGAAACGACGGGCUCGUCUUGUUGGGAAUAAUGGUGCCACCCUUAAAGCAAUGGAACUUCUCACACAGUGCUAUGUCUGCAUUCAAGGUGGAACAGUCUGUGCCGUUGGUCCCUUAGCCGGUCUGAAACAAGUCAGGUUAGUGCAAUCUGGACUUACUUGCGUCUAUUGUUUACUAUUUACUUUUCCUUGUCCAAAUAAGGAACGAUUUGUGAAACGACGGGCUCGUCUUGUCGGGAAUAAUGGUGCUACCCUUAAGGCUAUGGAACUUCUCACACAGUGUUAUGUCUGCAUUCAAGGUGGAACAGUCUGUGCUGUUGGUCCCUUAGCCGGUCUGAAACAAGUCAGUGGUAUUGUCACAGAUUGUAUGAACAACAUUCAUCCUAUCUAUAAUAUCAAAACUCUGAUGAUUAAACGUGAAUUGAUGAAAAAUGAAAAGUUAAAGGAUGAAAAUUGGGAAAGAUUCCUGCCGAAGUUUAAAAAGAAGAUUCAAUCAUCUGCUACCGCUAAUGAAGCUAAAAAGAAGAAGAAGAAAGCAUGGAAGAAAAAGGGUGAAUACACUCCAUUCCCGCCAGCACCUACUCUUAGCAAGCCGAGAGAAAAGCAAACAAGAAAACGAGAAGCAGAACAAAUAGAUGUUGAAAAAUUCAAGAAGAAAGUCAAAAAACUUGCCAAAUGA